AUGAAGUUUUUCCGAGAAGAAUUUCAGAUCUGUAAUACAAAUUUCGCAAUACUUCUGAUUCACUCAACGUUAUUUCAUUCUCAUAAUAUUCAAGUCCUUCUUAUGUCUGAACAAAUUAUUCUUACUGCAUACUCACCAACUGAUCACAGUCUUUUUCCACUGCCAACCGCAAAUAACAGGGUAGUUGGUGACGGAACUUAUGCAACCCAGGCUGUUUAA